AUGGGCGAACCCGCCCCCGGCAUGUCCGCCAUGACGAAGCAAGUCCUCGCCAAGGUCCAGAGAAUGGUACCACCCAUGCUGGACAGUUUUCACAAGGGCCAACUGGGUCGUAUAGCCGUCAUAGGCGGCAGUAAAGAGUACACUGGAGCGCCAUACUUCUCAGCCAUGGCGAGCGCAAAGCUAGGAUGUGAUAUGGAAAUUGACACAUGGCCACGACAAAAGUCUCACGUCAUCUGCACGCCCGGCGCAGGCGACGUGAUAAAGACGUACUCGCCCAACCUUAUGGUUCACCCUCUGAUGCGCCAGGGGCCAUACUCGCAAGUCGAACGGGCUCAAGGGGCCAACCCGGCCGUCAUAGCAAAGGGCAUAAUCGAGAUGUUCCCCCGCCUCCACGUCCUGGUCGCCGGGCCCGGUCUGGGUCGCGAUCCCCUCAUGCAGGACACGCUGGCGCAUGUGAUACGGGCCGCGCGGGAGCAGGGUAUCCCCAUCGUCAUCGACGCCGACGCACUGCAGGUUGUGCAGAAGGACCCUUCCCUCGUGAGGGGCUACUCCGAGGCGGUGCUGACGCCCAACGUCGUCGAGUUCGGACGGCUCUGCGACGUGCUGGGCGUCAAGGUCAAAGACGAUGCCGAUACGAAGAGAGAGACGGCAAGAGUAGAGGCCCUCUCUAGGGAACUGGGCGGCGUGACCAUCAUACAGAAGGGCCAGAGCGACUUCAUCUCCGACGGGGAGACUACGCUGAUCGUCGACGUCGUGGGCGGAAAGAAGCGCAGCGCCGGCCAGGGUGACACCCUUACCGGAUCUGUGGCUACGUUUCUUGGCUGGAGGAAGGCUUACCUCGACGGCCUGUGGGACACGGGGCCGUCGAAGAUGGAUGGCCAUGAGUUGCUGAGGUUGGCCGCUUUCGGAGGCAGUGCGAUAACGAGGGAAGCAUCCCGUCUGGCGUUUGAAGAAAAGGGCCGCAGUCUCCAGGCCAGCGAUCUAACGGACCAAGUACACAUUGCCUUUCUCAACUUAUUCGGGGAAGACGAGGAGUCGUCCAAACUCUGA